AUGGCAGAAGCUGUUGUCGGGAAGCUGGUGGUCAUGCUUGGUGCGGCGCUUGUGAAAGAGGCGGUUAUCCUGGGUGGGGCGCUACUCGGCAAGGAAGCCACCGCCCUCAGGGGCCUCUUCAAAAAAAUCCGUCGGUCCAAGGCGGAGCUGGAGAACAUGCAGGCCUACCUGCACGAAGCGGAGCGGUUCAAGGACACCGACAAGACCACCGCCAUCUUCGUCCACGAGGUCAGGGGUCUCGCCUUCCAGAUCGAGGACGUCGUCAAUGAGUUCACCUACAAGCUAGAGGACUGCAAGCAUGGAGGGUUCGCUGGCGAGAUGAAGAAGAGGCUCAAGCAUAUCAAGACCUGGCGGCGUCUGGCAGCCGAGCUCCAAGAAAUCGAAGCCCAACUGCAGGAUGCCAACCGGAGGAAGAGGGAUUACGCUGUCACUGGCAGAUCUGCUACUACUGUCAGAUCGACAAAUAGAGGUCAAACUUUGCAAUUCACUAAGGAUGAGGACCUUGUGGGAAUCAAAGAGAACAAGGAGAGGUUGAUACGGUGGCUGACUGGUAGUGGUGAUGGUAUGGAGCAGAGAAACAACAAAGUCAUCAUGGUUUGGGGCAUGCCUGGUGUCGGUAAAACCACUCUGGUCGAUCAUGUGUACAACAUUGUGAAAGAGGAUUUCGAUGUUGCGGCGUGGGUAACCGUGUCGGAGAAUUACCGUAUUGAGGAUCUACUGAAGAAGAUCGCCGCCCAGUUCAGCGUCAUAAUCGAAGUCACUAACAUUCAGAUAAGAGGACUAGCAAAGUCCAUCCACAACUACCUUGAAAGUAAAAAUUACAUCUUGGUCUUGGAUGAUGUUUGGGAUGAGCGCUUGUGGUCAGAGAUAAGGGAUGUCUUCUCAACAUCUAACUGUACCAGCCGAGUUGUUAUGACAUCAAGAAAGCAGACAGUGUUGGCAACUAGGGAGUUUGCAUAUAGAAUUCACUUGGAACCACUACAAGCACAUCACUCCUGGGUGUUGUUCUGCAAAGGGGCAUUUUGGAAUGUUGAUGAACAAAAAUGCCCAUUGGAGCUGCAUGAAUUGGCUUGGAAGUUCAUAGCAAAGAGUCAAGGCUUGCCUAUUGCUAUUGCAUGCAUUGGCCGCCUACUCUCCUGCAAACCCCAAAAUUCCGCUGAAUGGGAGGAUGUGUACAGGUGUUUGGAUUCGCAGUUGGCCAAAGAUGUGAUCCCUGAUGCUCAUAUGAUCCUAAAGGUCAGCUUGGAGGACCUUCCGUUUGAUUUGAAGAAUUGUUUUCUACAUUGUGCAUUGUCCCCAGAAGAUUAUGUAUUAAAGAGGAGGAAGACAAUGAGGCAGUGGAUCACGGUGGGGUUUAUCACGGAAAGAGAUGAGAGCAAAACAUUGGAGGAAGUGGCAGAGGGAUACUUGGUUGAGCUUGUAAACCGAAGCCUACUGCAGGUAGUGGAAAGGAAUUAUGCCGGACGACUGAAAUACUGCAGGAUGCAUGAUGUCAUACGCCUUCUUGCCCUCAACAAAGCCAAGGAGGAAUGCUUUGGUAAAGUUUAUAAUGGUACUGGUGGUACUAGGGCAUUCUCUGUAGAGGGUGCACGUCGCAUAUCAGUCCAGGCGGGAAGCCUUGAACAACUGAGCCCAUCUGGUGCAACAAAGCUCCGUGCCCUGCAUGUAUUUGAGAAUGAUAUCAAUGUUGAUUUGCUGAAGCAUAUCCUAACAUCCUCGAAUCUGUUGUCGACAUUGGACCUGCAAGGUACUAAUAUCAAAAUGCUGCCUAAUGAAGUAUUCGACUUGUUUAAUCUGCGUUAUUUGGGUCUUAGAGAUACCUUGAUUGAAAGCAUGCCUGAAGCACUCGGGAGGUUACAAAAUUUAGAAGUCUUGGAUGCUGGGCAUUCUAAGCUGACGUACUUGCCAAAGAGUGUUGUGAAGCUUCAGAAGUUGAGACACCUGUAUGCAUGUACUUUGGCGGGCACAAUAGGAAGUAUAAUUGGGGUCAAGGUGCCUGGUGGCAUGCAGCACUUGGCAGGACUGCGGGCUCUUCAAUCUGUCAAAGCCACUCCAGAAUUUCUUCGUGAGGUUGGAGCUCUGACAGAGCUAAGAACAUUCGAUGUCUGCAGUGUGCAAAGUGGACACUCUGCUGACUUGAGCAAUGCUAUCACUAGAAUGAGGCAUCUUGUUCAUCUUGAAAUUGGCGCUGCAGCUGAGAAUGAGGUGCUGCGCCUGGAAAGGCUAUACUUACCUCCAACCCUUUCUUGGCUUAGUUUAGAAGGGCAGCUAGAGAAAACAUCAAUGCCUCAGCUUUUCUCUUCUUGGUCACAUCUUAAUAGCCUUACUCGGUUGACCCUGGCAUUCUCCAAUAUUGAUGAGGAAACCUUUUCCUGUUUGCACGUGCUAAGUGGUCUACGCUUUCUUCAGCUAUGGAACGCUUUCAAAGGGAAGAGGUUGGAUUUUCAUGCAGGUUCAUUUCCAAAACUUAGCCGUCUACACAUAUGUGGCACACCACAGCUCAGCCAAGUUGGAAUAGAGGAGGGUGCGAUGCAAGAACUCGUUGAGCUACUGUUGGCAGACUGUCCUAAGCUAAAGUUUCUUCCAGAUGGCAUCGAACACCUUGCAGCCCUUGAGAAAUUAUUGUUGUAUGACACAUCAGAAGAGCUAAUAGAGAAGCUCCGGCAGAACAGAGAUUCAAAUGAAUGCAGCCAAGAUGAAAUAAAGAUUAGCCACAUAAGGAUUGUUACAGUUGCACUGAGCUAUAAAGGGCUUGCAGGAAGGAUUAGGUGA